AUGGGGACGACAGUCGCCCUGCUGGCGGUGCUGAAGGCUGGAGCUGCGUUUUGCAUGCUCGAUCCAGCUCAUCCUGCCGGCCGGCUUCAAUCUAUCGUGCAGCAAACGGGUGCAAUAGUGAUUCUUUCGUCGCCAUCAAAUCUCACUCUCAGCUCAAGCCUGGCCCCCGUGAGAGUCGUUACGGUUAGUUCUGGGUCGAUUUCUCACGAAAGUAACACGAGCCAUAAAAGAACACUCCCGCCGUCAGAUCCAACAUCGGUUAUGGCCAUUGUCUUCACAUCAGGCAGUACAGGUGUACCAAAGGGCUCCAUAAUCCGCCACUCAGCCUUCUUCUCGAGCAUUCACUACCCGUCGCGGCGGCUUGGAUUCAACUCAAUGGCACGUGUACUGGAUAUCGCUGCGCAUGCAUUCGACAUGUUUGUCCUUAUCACUGUGGUCACAUUAGCGACUGGUGGAUGCUUAUACGUAUUGUCCGACAUGGAACGAAAGAACGAGCUUGUAAAGAGUAUUGCCAAAGCAGCGUCUACCUUGAUCGCUGCAACUCCAACACUUGCAUGUCUUAUGCAGCCGGAAAUGCAUCGGUCGGUGGAAGCGAUCAUUAUGGGAGGCGAACUUCUCACUCAUCAGCACGUGCAAAAAUGGUGGAACCACGCUAGAAUAAUAGACGUAUAUGGUCCUUCUGAAUGUACGCCAGUCAGUGUUGUAUCAGCAACUUAUCUCCUCCUCUGUCUUGACCGACCCUCGGUUUCGCUCAAUUACUUUUCCCUACAUUUUGGCAUUGACACGGACAUUGAUCGUCUUACAAAUGCCUGUGCCUUACUUGUGGAGCGAGUUCCUAUUCUGCGUACAGUCUUUAACCCUUCCUUCAGUAUUCAUGAGCAAAUCGUCCUGCGAAAGCUCGAACCGUCCUGCCAAGUUGUUCGGGCAGCCGGGGACAUAGACACAACGGCACGCCGGCUCAUAGACACGGACAAAAAGCAGAAGCUACUGCCUGCACCUCCUUUCGUCGCUUUCUUCAUAGUUUGUCACGAGACCCUAGGGCAUCGGCUGGUAGUCCGAAUCUCUCAUGCGCAGUAUGACGGGGUCUGUCUUCCACUUAUUGUUCGGGCGUUACUGGCUCUUUAUCACAAGGAGAAUGUAAUGUAUCAUCCUCCCUUUUCCAAAUAUCUUGCGUACACCCAGAAGCGCAUGUUGAAGUCUGGUACGCAUUGGCGCAAGAUCCUUCAAGGGGCUCAAGUUACUUCUCUGAGACAAGUGUCGCAUGCCAACAAGCCUAUUGGUAACAUGCCAGUGUUGGUCCAUGCCAAGUGCUCAAUUCCCGUGCCAGAGCUCCCUCGAAACCUGACCUUGGCCACACUUGCUUCUACGGCCUGGGCUCUUGCUCUCUACUCCUUGACAGGUAAAUGCGACGUCGUCUAUGGACAAGUCGUUUCCGGCCGCAAUGCCUCAAUUCCGAAUGUCUCAGAAAUUAUAGGGCUGUGUGCAAACAUUGUUCCGCAUACCGCACUUGAGCUUCUGAACCGAGUCCAGUAUCAAUUCGUGUCCAUUGCGCAGUCCGACUCGAUGGGAUUACACGAUGUCAUCGACAGGUGUACUGAUUGGCCAUCUCAAUCCGACCUGGAUUCUGUCCUUCAACACGUGGGUAGCGACCGUAUACCGACCUUCCUGGUUGGUGGGAAAGAGACACAAAUACGCUGGUUCGAGCACGAACAUGUGAACUUUUCAUACAUCAAAGUCCAUUCCACUAUUGAGGACAAUCGACUAGGACUGUAUAUCUCUGGGGACGGCACCUGCCUCACUUCCGAGGGGGCUGACGCUUUACUCGGCUCGCUACGUGCAGCUGUCGGGUUUCUGUCACUCAACCUAGAGAAACAACUAAAAGACCGGUCAAAUGAGUCUCAACCUUCGAUAGUCUAG